AUGUCGAAAUCAACGAUGUCGUAUAGUCUGAAUGAUAGAUUCCCAAAGGCGGCGGUCAAAUCAAUUCGCGCUUUGCUGGGAAUUCUAUCACGCACUCGAGGUGUACUGGUAGACGAGCAGCCAAAUGGCGAGAUAGCACCAGGUCUUAUCUCAGUUGCGGAUGGCCACAUACACCUUGCAGGGUUAAAUGACUCCCAUUACGAUUCAACAACUUCCCAUCUAGAGGACUUCCUGAACCGUCUCUGUGAAGCGCUUGAUACCGUUGGUAGGGAUGCAGAGGCAGACGCCUUCAGACAUGCUUUGCAACUAUAUCAGACUGACAGAGAGCGCCUGCCCCUUGGACCUGGCGAGUUGAUCUCUAACCGACAGCUCAGCAACGACUCGUUCGAGGAUUUGGAAUUCCUUGUUGAAGCGUGGCUAGAAGCGCUGAAUUCUGAAGAAUCUGCCAGAAAAUUACCAGCUCCUUUGCCAGGAAAACUCCCCGAUACUCGGGCCAUGACGCUGGCGGAAAAGAUACUGGCUCAUCACGCAUUUUCACUCCCGUCUCCUGAUGGCUUGAAAUCUGGAGACCUGAUAAGGGUCUCUAUAGACUGGAUUAUAGCAAGCGAGCUAUCUUGGGUGGGCAUGAAGCAUGGUAUGGUCAGCAUUGGAGAACAACCAUCAGUCUGGCGAAAUGAUCGCUUUUGGCUGGCCGGAGAUCAUACCGUUGAACCACGGACUUAUGGCCAACCUCGCGUACGAGAGCUUCUCGACGGUUUGAAUGAUGCCAAGCACCAAUUCAAGAUGACAGAGAAUCAAGGAUCGAAUUACACCAUUCUCCAUACAGAAUUCGUUCGCGAACGAGCUGAACCAGGGAUGCUCGCACUUGGUUCUGACUCGCAUACCUGCUCAGCUGGAGCUGUCAGUUGUCUCGCAAUCGGACUCGGAGCGGCUGAUGUGAUGACAGCACUGGCGACAGGCGAAACGUGGAUCAAAGUUCCCGAGUCCAUCAGAAUUGACUUCACUGGAGAGCCAGCUUGGUACAUUCGUGGCAAGGAUGUCAUACUCUACAUCCUGAAAGAACUCAAGCGGAACACCUUCGCUGCGGACAGAAUCGUAGAGUUCGGUGGCCUUGGAGCUAAAUUUCUCUCUUGCGAUGCACGGUUUGCAAUAACUAACAUGUGUACGGAGCUCGGCGGCGUCACAGGUAUCUUUGUUCCGGAUGAAGUUACCAACGCAUUCGUAUCAGGUCGAUCUCAAAGCAAGUAUAAGUCAAAUUCCCUCUAUUUCCAAGUCGAUAAAGAUGCUUCUUACGCAGCUACAUUUCAGAUUGACCUUAAUCUGGUCGAGUCCUUCAUUGCUCUGUAUCCGUCGCCGGACAAUGUCGUGCCUGUGUCGGAUGAGCUUGACAUGAGUUUUGAGGGCUGCUUCAUAGGCGCUUGCACAACCACUGAAGAAGAGCUGGUCCUUGGGGCGCUGGUACUCGAAGCCGGUCUCAAGAAUGGCCUCAGUUUAGCUCCUGGAAAGCGUAUGGUUGUCCCGGGAAGUAUACCAAUUGUUAACAGCCUGAGAGACUUGGGAUUGUUAGAUAUAUACGCACAAGCUGGCUUCGAACAACCAGCAGUCGGCUGCAGUUUGUGCCUCGGAAUGGCAGCAGAUCGAGCCGGCGAGGGAGAGAAUUGGAUUUCAUCUCAGAAUCGUAAUUUCAAGAAUCGAAUGGGCAAAGGGUCGACCGGACAUAUCUGCUCAGCAGCGACUGUGGCUGCGUCAUCAUUCAGCAUGAAAUUGACCAAUCCUGCUGCGUUGCUAGCUCAAGUCUCCUCUGAUCGGUACAAAUUGCUGCUUGAAAGCUGCCAAAGCUACAAGAACCGAACGGGAAGAGUCAGAUUCCCGAAAAAGGAUAGCAUCCGAGGCUCUGUAUCCGCGAUGCCGCCAUAUGUGGAGCCAUAUCUACAUUCUCGACCACAUUUGACUGAUAAGAAUAUUCAAAUUCAUGCCACAAGCGAGGUCGAACAGGAAACAGAUGGCAACCUCGACGUCAUUGAAAGCAAGGUAUAUGCUCUUGGAGACUUCGUCGACACAGAUGCAAUUAUCCCUGCCGCAUUUAUCCUCGAGAGCCCAACAGAUGUUCUUCUCGGUAAUCAUGCCCUAGAGUUCACUAACCCUGACUUCCGCGACAAAGUACGUCAAGGCAUGCGUGUAAUUGUAGCUGGUAAAGCAUUUGGUUGCGGCUCAUCUCGUGAGGAAGCACCACGAGCUUUGAAAGGUCUUGGUGUGCAAUGCGUAAUCGCAAAAUCGUUCUCUUUCAUCUACGGUCGCAAUCAACCCUCCAUCGGCCUGCUGGGUAUCAACAUUGUAAACGAGAGCUUUUAUGAGCUCGCCAGAACAGGCGCAGGUAUCAAAAUUGAUCUUCCUGGGAGGAUUGUGCAGGUUGAGGGGCGGUCUUUUCCUUUUGUGCUGGAUGAUAUGGAGCUCUCUUUGAUCAAAAGUCAAGGAUUAGCUACAGCAUACAAGAAAUUUGGCAAGAACGUGUUCGCAUCGCUGUGCGGCACUGAGAGUUCUGUAAUGGCGUCAGAGCUUGCAGAGUUGAAGUUGAAGAGUGUUGGUGAUGGAAUGAGGACAAGUCUCGCUUGGUAG